AUGCUCCGCCCUUCAACUCUUCGCCCUGUGCUUCGCGCAUCAGCCCACACCCGAUGCGCUGUGGCCCGAACCACUCGUCGGACUCUGUUCUCACAGCGAAACAGUCGCCUGGCCGAUGAUCUUGAUGUCAACCAGCUUAACUCGAAGCGCCGAGACUACGAGCAGAACCGAACUGCUUUCCUGACUGCCGGUGCCAUUGCCGGUAUCGUUUCUUUCGUCUACACGGCAUGGAAGCUCAAGCAGGCCAUUGAGGUACAGGGAGAAAAAGAAAAGAGAGCUAUCAAAUGCGAUACACAAGUGCCGACGGAGAUCUUCAAGACUGAGGCGGGUGAGAAGCGAAAAGUGGUUAUUCAUGACGAGGAUGGGCAUGAGGUCGUUCCUACAGGCAACAAAACCGUUCAAUUAUUUCCCCGAACACUAGAAGUCGACGGUGUUGGCGCAGCCGGUGACGUCGCUGGUCCAAUUGCUGCUGCGGUUACAGACAAGCACGGUACGGAAUUUACGCUGGUCGGGCUGGGAACAAGGACAGUGACCUUCCUUGGAUUCGAGGUUUAUGUCGCGGGCUUUUAUGUUGCUACCCAAGAUGUCGAGAAGCUUCAGCGCUACCUGGUCAAGAAGAUCAACCCUAUGGCCACGACACUGAUUCCUUCUGAAAAGGACGAGUUGCGAAGGGUGCUGCAGGAUGCUACAGAGGGAGAAGAGACAUGGAACUCGAUUCUGAAGGAUGCUGGCUGCCGCUCAGCGUUCCGUAUCAUCCCAGUCCGGGAUACUGACUUCCCCCACAUGCGCGACGGCUUCGUGAGGGCGAUCCAGGCUCGCUCAGGGCGCAAUCCCGCAUAUAAUGAUGAGGAAUUUGGAAACGCCAUGAAGCAUUUCAAGGUCCUGUUCCAGCGCGGUCUGGUGGCCAAAAAGAACGAACUGCUACUUAUCAGAGACGCUACUGGCAAGCUGACCGUCAGCUACAACGACGGUACACGCAAGGAGCCCCAGAAGACCGUCUUAGGAAGUGUUGAAGAUGAACGCAUUUCCAGGUUGCUGUGGCUCAACUACCUCUCUGGCAGCAAAGUUGCGUCAGAGGAGGCCAGGAAGAACAUUAUCAAUGGCGUCAUGGAAUUUGUUGAGAGACCUGUUGGCACCGUUGCCACGCAGGUUUUGUGA